UAAAUAUUUCCCUAAAUAUAUUGAAAAAACGAUAGAAAAAUAAGAAAAUUUGUAAAGAAAAAAUUGUUAAUAUGUGUCAUUUGUGCGAAUGGAAAAUCAUCAUAAUAAUGUAAACGCUUUGCGUUUGGACGGUUUUGACACGGUAAAAAACGUGAGCAUAAAUGUGUGUUCAUCCAUUAAGUAUUGUAUUAUCUACAGUGCUUACAAAGUAUGUGAUAAUUUAAUAAUUAUAGUUUUUCACACAGUAUUUUGUGAAUAAAUAAUAAUUUUUUUUCAAUAUUCGACAGUCCGGAUAUUGUAUACAUUGGUUUUAUUUAUUGCUUUAUCGAUUACGUGGCUCCGAUUCCUACUUUACUGAUUAUAACCUACGAUAAAAGUGCAGUCUUAAAUAAAAACUGAAUAAUUGGAAUCGACAUCCUUUUGCAUCACAAAAUAUAUGUUUACGGUGCGACUGAUGAUCUUACAAUUAAGUGACUUGUAAGAUACGAUGAAAUGUCACUAUGAAGUACUCGGAGUUCCGAGAAAUGCAGCAGAGGAUGAGUUGAAGAAGUCUUACAGAAAAUUGGCUUUGAAAUGGCAUCCUGAUAAGAACCCUGACAAUACUGAAGAGGCUAAGGAACAGUUUCAGUUGGUGCAGCAAGCAUGGGAAGUGUUAAGUGAUCCUCACGAGCGUGCGUGGUAUGACAAUCAUAGGGAAGCAAUUCUGAAAGGUGGAAUUGGUGAUAAUUAUAAAGAUGAUUCAAUCGAUCUUUUUCAAUACUUUUCAACAGGCUGUUUCAAGGGGUACGGCGACGAUGAGAAGGGUUUCUAUUUUAUUUAUCGUGAGGUUUUCGAGAAAUUAGCCGCCGAAGAUGCUGACUUUGAAAAGGACGACGACUCUGACGUGGAAGUACCAGGAUUUGGAGAUUCCGCAAGUUCAUACGAGGAUAUAGUUCAUAAUUUUUAUGCUUAUUGGCAAAGUUACAGUACAAAGCGAUCAUUUGCAUGGCUCGAUCCCUAUGACAUUCGUGACACUCCGAAUCGAAGAGUGCUUAGAAUCGUCGAGAAAGAGAAUAAAAAAAUUCGUGACAAAGCAAAACGCGAGAGAAAUGAACAGGUUCGAAAUUUAGUCGCUUUUGUACGUAAACGAGAUAAACGUGUUCAAGCUUAUGCUCAAAAACUUGCAGAACGAGCUAAGGAGAAUGCGAAAAAAGUUCAAGAGCGUAAAAAACAACAAUUAUUAGAAAGACAGAGAGAAUUAAAAGAUCAUACUGUUUCCGAAUGGUCCAAGUUUUCCAAUAUGGAAUCAGAAUUGAAAAAUAUUGAGGCUAAUCUUGCAGCUGAGUUUGGUGAAGAAUUAUCUUCCGAUGGAGACUCGGAGAAAAAUGACAUUAUGUGCGAUAGUAAUUCUUUGUAUUGUGUCGCUUGUAACAAGAUCUUUAAAACUCAAAAAGCAUUUAUCAAUCACGAAAAUUCUAAAAAGCACAAGGACAACUUAGCAAGUAUGAAAGCUGCAAUGAUAGAUGAGGAGGAAGAAUUUCAAAGUGAUGACGAUGAUGAUGAUGAUGACGAUGAAGAGGAAGAAAGCACUCAUGAGAAAAAUUCCCAAAAUAAAAAGCUAGCAACUGGUUCCAAUAUGCCCGAUUUCUUAUUAACUCCCGCAGAGAGUAAAACUAAUAAAGAUGAUCAGCAAGACUCUGAAGGAGAAAGGGACUCUAACAAUGAAUCUGAUUCCGAAUCAAAGAAAAAAGGAAGAAAUAGUAAAUUUAUUAACGCUGCAACAGAUCCUCAAAUGGGCGAUGCAGUCGAUUUGUCGUCACCGAAAUCCGAUACAGGCAACGACAACAACAGUAGAACAUCUGAAGGUGAACUGAUCUCAGACCAAGAAGACGAAGGCGACCAAGAUGAUCAAGUUGUGAUGAAGUUCAAAAAACAGAAGAAGAAGAGAGGGAAGGUCAUUCAAAAGACUCUGGCGGAACACAACAGCGACGAUGAAUCGGAUUUUGGUGCUUGUAUGGGUCUGUCGAAAAAGCAACGCAAGAAGCAACAGAAUAAGAUAGUUUUAGAGCAAAUGUCACACACGAAAGCUACAACAGUCAAAUUGGAGGUACAUGACUCCAGUAAUCGAAAUGAAAGGGGAGAUGUGGAGAUGACUGAAGAUUCUUUGCAAGGAAAUCAAAGCAAAGGAGAGGAUGGCGACGAUGAAUCCUUUCAAGAAACCAAUUUGAGUUCGGUUAUAGGGAAGAGAAAGGGUAAAAAAGCAAAGGAAAUGAGGAGAGCUCAAAAGCAAUUGUCUUCUGAAGAUCGGGGAAAGGAUAAAUACCGAAAGGACGGCAAAUCUGCAGAAGUGAUUCCUGAAACAAGUAAUUCUUGUAUAACCUGUAAAUCCGAGUUUCCAAGUAAAAAUAAGUUAUUCGAACAUUUAAAAAAAACUGGACAUUCUGUUUACUUGGGAAAUGUGGGAAAGUCUAAAAAAUGUGUCAAAUCAAGUAAAAAUAGUGAUUGAAAGUGGUUUUAGAAGAGAUCAUUGUUUAGUCCAAUUACGUACAUUAUAAUGUGUAUGACAGACCGUUACAAUAAAUAUCGACAUUCUUGUAUGAAAUAACAAA